AUGGCUCCUGAACUUAAACUUCCAAUUACCUCUCAUUUCACGGGACGUCUUACCUAUCGGGGUACAGAUAGGUUCAGAUAUAUCAAGGCCAAGUUUACUGAGAUGGAUUUGGUUGAGACAGUGAAGGCUAGUCCUUUCGGACACUUUUGGGAAGCUGGAGAGUUAACUUUCGCCGGCGCGUUGGUCCACAGCCUCCUCUUACGAAAAAUGAAAGUGGACACAGAAAAGGAGGAUGAGGUUUGGUUUCAUGUAGGGAGAAAUGACAUGAGAUUCGGACGGAUAGAGUUCGAACUCAUUACUGGCUUACCUAUGGGUAGUGCCCCUACAGACGAGGAAAUACACGCCAAGUCCAACGACUAUCUAGUUCGGACUUAUUUUGAAGGGAAGAGUUCUGUUCAGUUGGACUCCCUUAUGCUCCAACUUGAGAGGUGCGAAGAUAAAGAUGAUGCCUACAAGCUUGGACUGAUCGCUUUCAUUGAAGGUGUAUUAGUAUCAAAGGAGGGCAAUGUCCAAGUUUUGCCUGAGAUGUUGAAGUUUGUUAACGAUCUCGAAUUCUUCUUUAAGUAUCCGUGGGGCGAGCGCGCUUUUCGUAAGCUGAUGGAGACAUUAGGAAAGAAUAUGCAACAUUACAAGGAUAAUGUUGACAAGAAGAAGGGGAAGAAGAUUGCUCAGGAGGCAAAGUACACAGUUAGUGGCUAUGUACCUGCCUUUCAGUACUGGGCAUACGAAGCAAUCGAGAAGUUGGGGAAGAAGUAUGCCCACUGCAACGGGACCAAGUUCCCUAGAAUGUUGAGCUGGAAAACACCGGAGGGCCAGCGGAAACAAGAUGUCAAGGCAACCGACAUUGCACUGUUAUUCAACAGUCGGUUGGUGGUGAAGAAGUGCUUGUUUCCCCGGCCCAGUGAAGAGGCAUACUUCAAGAGUAUUAAUGAGGGUAAAGCCCCUCUUUGCUUUGAGAUGGACGUAGAACAAACGGUGGACGUUGAUGGUACACAGGAGUCUGUGUUUGAAACUCAAGCGAAGACCAUCAACGAGGCCGUGACAAAGGCAAAUUUAGUUCCACCACCACCGGCACCUGAAAGGUUGGAUAGCAUUGAGGCCCGGCUGGAGAAGCUUGAGUCCCAGCAGGAAGCCGUCAUGUUGGCACAGACGGGGUUAGUAAAUAGCCAUCUCAGUAUGAGGCGGUCCUUCACAGAGAGUCAGAAAGAUUUGAAGGAGACUCUACUGGCUAAGAUGGACGAGUUGAUGGCUAUGGUAAAAGGAGCGCCCACACCUGGAGAGCCCACACCUGCACCGCAAAAUGAGGAACAACAGGCGAGUGAUAACGAAGAUGUCUUCCCAGAAGAUUGGGAAGCAGAUGAUAACGAGGCACCGUCAACUCCAUUGGAAGCAAUCAUCACGGCCAUUGGGGAUACACAAUCACAGGACGAAGUCCUACUUCUACCUGCACCCCCAGAAAAUGUGCCAUUUGUGAGGAAGAGGAAGCCGCCAACGUACUUGAACGACUACACUGCGGAAAAGAAAGAGGCGAGUUCUUCUAGAGAACGUAGACCCGGAGAGACCAGCAGACCGUCGGAGUGGCUUCACGAUGAUCACAUAGAUGCCAUAUCACACUUGAUGAGGAGGAGACGCCAUCAUUUUCCAGAGUCGUACCCUCAGCCAGGUGUGAUUUUGGACACAACACUUCCACAAUUCCUCAUAGGCAUUUGGAGCUGCCAGACUGGUGACAAAAGUACGUUCGAAUGGCCAGAUGCAGUGAACCAGUACUAUCUGGGUAUGGAGACCCGUUACAUGCCAAGUUGGAAGGAUUUGAACUUCAUAUACUUCGUCCUGUACUUCGAUCAUCAAAAACAUUGGGUUGCUGUCGAGGUAGAUAUUGAUAUGUGGCAGAUUCGGGUGUACGAUAAUGAUUUAUCAUGCACCACCAACGCACAGUUUGAUGCCAUCAUGCUACCUUGGACUGAGUUGUUUCCACAUCUGCUGAGGUCUACUGGCUAUUAUGAUCAAGUGAACAACAACAUUCUCAAUGUGGACUUAGGGGACAGUAGCCAACUCAGAUCAAUGCAUGCUAGACGCAUGCCAAGUGAGGUGGUUCCCCAAAGUAAAACAAGUGGUGAUUGCGGGGUGUAUGCACUUGAGUACAUCGAACACCUAAUGCUGAAUCGGUCCUUGGACAACAUUACAGACGAUAGCAUGAGAAUGUUCAGAGAUCGGUGGUGUGUAGACUUGUUUUAUCAGAACUUAACUUGGUGA